AUGUCGACGACGCCACCCCCGACAACGCCCCCCUCACCAACAAUGCUACCAGGCCCUUCAACACUACUGCCGGCGCCGAAGCCCAUGGAUACGUCAGCCGACGCCUGGCUUGGCUGGAGAACGUGGAAGACGUCAGAGCAACGUCUGGAAACCCUGCGGGCCGCUAUAAGCGAGGAUCCAGCCCUAGUCCUCAUCCGUGAAUACGCACAGACAUCUUGGCCGGACAACAAGCAGAGAACCCCGGAGCCAGCAAGACCGUACUGGGCCUACAGGGAAGAAGUUCACGCUCAAGACGGGCUAGUCUUCCGCAGCAACAAGAGGCUGAUGGGACGGCAGACACGGACCCUGCUGCCGGUACCAACAGAGCACCUAGAACCGGAGACAAUACCCAGCAAGGAUGUUCACGACCGCUUUCAGGUGAUCCGGCGGCAGCAAAAGGCUUCCUACGACCGCAACGCCAGAAACUUGUGUCCGCUAAUGCCAGGACAACGUGUAACGACGUACGACACCCUCCAGAGGACCUGGAGUCCAGCUAUGGUAUUAAGGCCAGCCGAGGCACCGAGGUCCGUGAUUGUGAAGACCGAAGACGGCCGUGAAUUGCGUCGCACACGAGAGCAUCUGCGGGAGGCAGCACCUGAGCCAGGGGCAGAAGCAACUUCCCAGCGGGCUCCCGAAGACAGCGGCGUCCAUGAGGGACAGCAGCAGCUACGCCGAAGUUCAACACUACGUCACGAACCCUGUCGAUACCCGUUACCAGGGGGCAUAACUAAUGAAUUGGACAAGAACCAGAGGCGACCUGUGAAGACGCCCAUGACUCUCGCUGGUCGCACCACUGGUCCUGUAGCUGAUCCCUAG